GUCGACAAGCAGCAUGGCGGUGGAGGAAGAGGGACUGCGGGUCUUCCAGAGCGUGAGGAUCAAGAUUGGUGAAGCCAAGAAUCUCCCUUCCUACCCGGGGCCAAACAAGAUGAGGGACUGCUACUGCACUGUGAACCUGGACCAGGAGGAGGUUUUCCGGACCAAAAUCGUAGAGAAGUCACUCUGCCCCUUUUAUGGAGAGGACUUUUACUGUGAAAUUCCUCGGAGUUUCCGCCACCUGUCCUUUUACAUUUUUGAUAGAGACGUUUUCCGAAGGGAUUCCAUCAUAGGCAAGGUGGCCAUCCAGAAGGAAGACUUGCAAAGGUACCACAACAGGGACACAUGGUUCCAGCUCCAGCAUGUGGAUGCUGACUCAGAGGUGCAGGGCAAGGUCCACCUGGAGCUGAGACUGAGUGAGGUCAUUACAGACACUGGUGUUGUCUGUCACAAACUCGCUGCACGCAUCUUCGAGUGCCAGGGACUCCCCAUUGUGAACGGGCAGUGCGACCCUUACGCCACCGUGACAUUGGCCGGACCCUUCAGGUCUGAAGCGAAGAAAACCAAGGUGAAGAAGAAAACCAACAACCCCCAGUUCGAUGAGGUGUUUUAUUUUGAGGUGACCAGACCCUGCAGCUACAGCAAAAAGUCCCACUUCGACUUCGAGGAGGAGGACGUUGACAAACUUGAAAUCCGAGUUGACCUCUGGAACGCCAGCAACCUGAAGUUUGGGGAUGAGUUUCUCGGGGAGUUGAGGAUCCCUCUCCAUGUGCUGCGAUACGCCAGUUCUUACGAAGCCUGGUACUUCCUCCAGCCCCGAGACAAUGGCAGUAAGAGCGUGAAGCCAGAUGACUUAGGGUCGCUGAGGUUAAAUGUAGUUUACACAGAAGACCACGUCUUCUCCUCUGAGUACUACAGCCCACUACGUGACCUGUUACUGAAGUCUGCGGAUGUGGAGCCUGUCUCAGCUUCAGCAGCGCACAUCCUCGGGGAGGUGUGCAGAGAUAAGCAAGAGGCAGCCAUCCCGCUGGUACGGCUCCUGCUGCACUAUGGCAGGGUAGUGCCCUUCAUCAGUGCCAUCGCUAGCGCAGAGGUGAAGAGGACCCAGGACCCCAAUACCAUCUUCCGAGGAAACUCACUGACCUCUAAGUGCAUAGAUGAGACAAUGAAGCUGGCGGGCAUGCACUAUCUCCACGUGACCCUGAAGCCCACCAUUGAGGAGAUCUGCCAGAGCCAUAAGUCCUGUGAGAUCGACCCUGUGAAACUGAAAGAUGGCGAAAACCUUGAGAACAACAUGGAGAGCCUGAGGCAGUAUGUGGAUCGAAUAUUCAGUGUCAUCACUAAGUCAGGGGUGAGCUGCCCCACCGUCAUGUGUGACAUCUUCUUCUCCCUGCGGGAGGCAGCUGCCAAGCGCUUCCAAGAUGACUUGGAUGUGAGGUACACCGCCGUGAGCAGCUUCAUCUUCCUGAGGUUCUUCGCUCCCGCUAUCCUGUCCCCGAACCUUUUCCAGCUGACGCCCCACCAUACGGAUCCACAGACUUCUAGAACCCUGACGCUUAUCUCAAAGACCAUCCAGACCCUUGGCAGCUUGUCCAAGUCCAAGUCUGCCAGUUUUAAGGAGUCAUACAUGGCGACGUUCUAUGAAUUCUUCAAUGAGCAGAAGUAUGCAGAUGCCGUAAAGAAUUUCCUGGAUUUGAUCUCAUCCUCCGGGAGAAGGGACCCCAAGAGCAUAGAGCAGCCCAUCCUGCUUAAAGAAGGCUUCAUGAUCAAGCGGGCCCAAGGAAGGAAACGCUUUGGAAUGAAGAAUUUCAAGAAGAGGUGGUUUCGCCUCACGAACCACGAGUUCACCUACCAGAAAAGCAAAGGUGAUCAGCCGCUCUGCAACAUCCCCAUCGAGAACAUCUUGGCCGUGGAGAGGUUAGAGGAGGAGUCCUUCCGAAUGAAAAAUAUGUUCCAGGUCAUCCAGCCAGAGCGUGCACUGUACAUCCAGGCCAACAACUGUGUGGAGGCCAAGGACUGGAUUGACAUCCUCACCAAAGUGAGUCAGUGCAACCAGAAGCGGCUCACAGUCUUCCACCCAUCGGCCUACCUGAACGGCCACUGGCUUUGCUGCAGGGCCUCUUCAGACACCGCUAUUGGCUGCACUCCCUGCACUGGUGGGCUCCCAGCAAACAUCCAGCUGGACAUUGAUGGGGACCGUGAAACAGAGCGCAUCUACUCUCUCUUUAACCUGUACAUGGGCAAGUUGGAAAAGAUGCAGGAGGCCUGCGGCAGCAAGUCCGUAUACGAUGGCCCUGAGCAGGAGGAAUACUCAACAUUCAUCAUCGAUGACCCCCAGGAGACGUACAAGACGCUGAAGCAGGUCAUCGCUGGGGUGGGGACCCUUGAGCAGGAGCACGCGCAGUACAGGAGGAACAAGUUCAAGAAGACGAGAUACGGGAGCCAGGAGCACCCUAUUGGAGACAAGAGCUUCCAGAACUACAUCAGGCAGCAGUCUGAGAUCUCAACCCAUUCCAUUUAA